AUAGGACGGUCACCUCUAUGUAACGGUCAAUUUGUUUGGUCCCGUCGAGUGUUAUGGGAAAAAUACAUUAAUACUUCUAAAUAGCGGGCACUCUAAUUAACGGUCAACAUUUAAAAGUAUAUCAAAUGGAAAAUUAUUAUUUCAAAAUUAUUUUUGACAGUUUAUCUUAACGAGCUUAAUUUAUGAUGUCGAUAAGGCGAUAACACUAGUCCGUGACUGUGUAUUUUGUCAUUUGUGUUCAGUGUAUGUUUAAAACGUUUCGAAGUACGUACCUAUAAUUUCAAUGGCGUCCAAACGAAAACAUCUAACUUUAACAGAAAAAAUAAAAUUGUUAGAUUUUUACCAAAAAGAAAAUGUGAGUGCACGUACUCUUGCACAUAAAUUUGGAAUUGGAAGAACUCAAGCCACCGACUUAAUAAAAAACAGAGAAACGAUUUUAAAAUUAUGGAAAUCCCACGGUAAUGAUCAAAUGAAAACUACAAAACGUCGUAAAACCGAAUCAGGCAAUAUCAAAGAAGUUGUAUACGAAUGGUUUUGUGCAGCUCAUGCUAAAAAUAUUCCAAUCAGUGGACCAAUACUUAAAGAAAAGGCUUUACAAGUAAGUAAAGAAUUUGAAUGUGAAAAUUUUAAAGCGUCAAAUGGUUGGCUUGAUAAAUUUUAAUCACGCUACAAUAUUUCUUUUAAAGUGGUUUGCGGCGAGAGUAAAUCAGUUGAUACAGAAACAGUGGACGAAUGGCGUAUAAAAGUCAAACAAUUAAUUUCUUCUUAUGAGCCACGAAAUAUUUACAAUGCAGAUGAAACAGGAUUAUUUUAUAAAAUUCUUCCUAAUAAAACAUUAAGUUUUAAAAAUGAAAUUUGUAGUUCUGGGAAAAAGUCUAAAGAGAGAUUGACAGUCAUGUUACGCGUUAAUUUAAUAGGUGAAUUUGAAAAGCCACUAAUCAUAGGUAAAUAUAAGAAACCUCGUUGAUUUAAGAAUGUGGACAUAAAACGCUUAGACCUACACUGGGAGGCAAAUAAAAAAGCAUGGAUGACACGAUGUAUAAUGACUGAGUGGUUAAUGUGGUUUGAUGAAAAAAUGACAAAACAAAAGCGUAAAAUUAUUUUGUUUUUAGAUAAUGCAACAUCACAUCCUUAUUUAAAACUAAAAAACAUAAACUUAGUAUUUCUACCACCAAAUACGACGUCACACUGUCAGCCUCUAGAUCAAGGUAUAAUCCAAAAUUUUAAAGUUAUUUACCGACAAAUGAUACUUAGGUGAAUAUUAUCACAGAUAGACGUAGUAAAAGAUGCUGACGAACUUGCAAAAAGCAUUACUGUAUUAGACGCUUUGAUGUGGAUUAAACAGUCUGUAAAGCAAAUAACUGAUUUAGAUAACACAGAUCUUGAAAUCAAGUACUAAUAUCAAGUCAUUCAAAAUAACAGAUAAUGACGAAGAGGAAACACAUGAAGAAACUGAAGAAACUGAAAAAACUGAAGAACCCGAGUACACUGUAUCAAACUAUUCUGAGGUUUUAACUCAAAUAAAACAAUUAUCAGCUUUCACUCUUCAAAAAGAUAUGGACUUCUUGGGCCGAGUGGUUGUGGCAAAACGACUUUGUUGAACUGCAUACUUGGUCUUAGUUCAUUGGAUUCUGGUAAAAUAUAUUUAAAAGCGCAACGUCACUCGGAAAUAAGUUACAUGCCACAAGACAUUACGUUGCAUAAUAAUUUAACUGCACAUCAAACUUUCAUAUUUUAUGGAAAGUUAUAUGGAAUAAACGAAGAAAAUGUAAAAAAGAGGAUUAACGAGUUAGUCCAUCUACUAAGAUUACCGUCGUUAAGCAUGCAAAUUAAAAACUUAAGUGGAGGAGAAAAAAGACGAUUAUCGUUUGGCGUAGCAUUAUUCCAUGAUCCCAAAAUUAUGAUACUUGAUGAGCCUACUGUCGGUAUGGAUCCAGUUAUGAGGCAAAGCAUUUGGAAUCAUCUGGUUGAACUCUCUCUGGGAGGAAAAACUAUCGUCAUAACUACGCAUUAUGUUGAGGAGGCCAUUAAAGCAAACAUGGUGGGAUUUAUGCGAAAUGGUGUUUUAGUAGGCGAAGAUUCACCUAAUUCUUUAAUAUUAAAACAAAACUCAUUAACAUUAGAAGAAGCAUUUUUAUCACUUUGUUGUGUACAAGAAAGUGAGAGAUUUUCCAAUAAAUCUAAACAUGAAUAUUCAGAGAUUCUACCAUUUACUAAGAAUCGAUUAAAAAACAGCUUUUCUUGGAGAAGAUUUCGAGCUCUAACAUACAAAAAUGCCUCACUUUUGUACAAAGACCAUACAUUUUUAUUCUUUACAUUUGUUUUACCUCUGGUCCAAACGAUUGUGUAUAAUUUAUGCGUUGGACAUAACAUUCAGAAUGCAAAGUUGGGAGUGGUUAAUGAUGAAAUAAAAAAUUGUAGCACUGAUUUAUAUCAACAAAAAUGUUUCUUAAACGACCCAAGUAAUACAAAAUUGAGUUGUAUGUUUAUUGACCAUCUACGAGCAUCCAAUAGUUAUUUGAUCGACUACCAAAGUCUAAAUUCUGGUAAUGCUGCAUUAAAUGCCAGGUUUAUAUGGGGUUUGAUUUAUUUUACUUCAAACUAUACAAUGACAUUGAAAAAUCGUCUCAAUAUAUUUGUUAACAGUUAUGAUAUAGACUAUAGCUCGGUGAAGAUCACAUUAGAUGCAUCAAAUUAUAUCAUGAAAUUAAAAAUAAAGGAUGACAUAACUUCAACGUUUGUGAAAACAUUAAAAGAAGCAACUAAGUACUGUAAUAUAAGCGAAAAAUCAUACUCUUACCCAAUUUCAAUUCAAAGUAUAGGAAACGUUAAAGUCACUGAAUUUAUUCAUUCAGCUUCUCCAGGAUUUAUAGUUUUAUUGGCUUUUUAUUUCCCAAUGAUUUUAUCAACUGGAUUAUUGCUGUCGGAGAAGGAUGAAGGAAUAAUGAGUCGAAUAAUGGUCGCAGGGGUACAAUUCUUAGAAUUUGUUGUGUCUAUAAUAUUUCUCCAAACAAUUGUCCACAUUAUACAAUCAUCGAUUGAAAUAUUUAUUAUGUAUUUCAUGUUUAAUAACCCAAUUUCACCAGAUAACUUUUGGACAUUUGCAGUAACUAUAAUGAUUAUUGGAUAUCAAGGAAUGUUUGCAGGAAUAUUAGUAGCUGCUGUGUCAAAAAACUACACAAUGGCAACCCAUAUUAAUAUGGGAACGAAUGUUUUAUUUUCAUGUUUAUGCGGACUUAUUUGGCCAAUGGAAAGCGCACAUCCUGUUUUAAAAGCCUUCAAUCGUUUUCUACCUAUAUCCAUUGCAUCAGAAACAAUUGGAAAUUUGACACUCAAAGGAUGGCCUUUACAUCAUCCUUUAGUUCUACGUGGAUUAGUAUUGACAAUUUUAUGGUUAAUAGUCUUUGCAGUACCAGUGUGUUUCUUUAGUUCAUUUAAAAAAGAUGCAUGGCUAAAAUCAAAAUCAAAACUUUAAAAAUUAAAUAAAAUAAAAGUAAAUUAUAAUUCAUAA